AUGAGGCCAGGUAGCAAACAAUAUCUUGCCUCUGAACUUGGUGGUGGAAAGGUUACUCUUAUAACCACCACAGAGAAAUGGGAUGAAAAGCUAACAGAAGCAAAAAACAAGGGGCAGUUGGUCGUGGUCAACUUUAGUGCCGCUUGGAGUACUCCUUGUCGUUUCAUCGCAACAGCAUACCGCAAUCUUGCUGAUAAACAUGAUUCACUUAUGUUCUUGACUGUCGACGUUGAUCAGUUACCUGAGUUUAGCACGUCUUGGAAUAUUAAAGCCACUCCAACCUUCUUCUUCCUUAUAAACGGGCAACCCAUAGAUUCCUUUGUGGGAGCGGAUGAGAAAGAACUUGCAAAGAAGAUCGAGGCAGCUGCUGCUGGUUUUAUCCAGGUUCAAUAG